AUGCCUCUAUGGACUGCAGCCACCUCUUCAUUGAAGUUAUUUUCAACUAAGUCUGGUAGUAAAGCAACGGCGGCAAGUCCUCCAGAAAAGCCUCGGACACUUCCUACCACAGGUUUCAGAACCAUCGGGAUCGAUCAACCAGUCGAAGAGGAGGGAUUGCCUGAUUAUCAGGUUCACCGGUUCUAUCCAGCUCGACUAGGAGAGGUUCUUCAAAAUCGCUAUCAAAUAAUUUCAAAGCUCGGAUUUGGUACUCCAUCGACUAGUUGGCUGGCUAGGGAUCUGAAAGAUCAUCAGUAUGUUACGCUGAAGUUGUAUGUCCAUACAUCGUUGGUUCACCGUGAACUUCCUGUUUAUCAUCACAUUGCUCGCCGUAUGGCAGAAAGUUCACACCGAGGACGAGGUAAUAUCCGAAGAUUGUUGGAUUCCUUUGAAAUUCCUGGUCCGCAAGGACAACAUGUUGUUCUAGUUUUCGAACCUGCGCAAAUGAGCUUGCGUGACAUGAGGUUGGUCUUUCGACUGGGUGGAUUCGAUGAAGACUUCGCCAGGGGUACUAUUAUUGAGCUUCUUGAAGCAUUGGAUUUCCUUCAUACCCAUGGAGAAGUUGUACAUACCGAUGUGCACCUUGGAAACCUACUACUUGGCGUCGAUGGCAACGACCUGCUGAAACCUUUCGAGGAAAGGGAAUUCUCAUCGCCGGUGCCUCGCAAGCUGGUCUCUCCAACGCGGCUUAUUUAUCUGUCGCGUCUCAUGCGACCUAAGGAAGGCCCAAUGCUUCUAUCAGAUUUCGGCGAGGCGAGGAUCGGACCAGGACCACACGGUGGCGAUAUAAUGCCUCUGGAAUAUCGCGCUCCGGAAACACUGCAUUAUGUGGGAUGGAGCUAUCCCCGUGAUGAGGAUGGAGAUCUUUAUGACGCUGCUCACCUAGCCCAAUUCAUCGCCGCGCUGGGACCGCCGCCGCCUGAGUUCCUAACCAGGAUUUCAGAAAGGAAAGUCGAUUUCUGGGACGAGCAAGGAGAAACGCCCGAGGCCUUGCACGACCGGACAAUCGAAGCUCUGGAGACCCGCUUGGAGGAUAACACAGGCUUUCUUCGAUUCAUUCGAAGAAUACUGACCUGGAUACCCAAGAGGAGAGCAACUGUCAAAGAGCUCCUACAAGACCCUUGGCUAACAGGUAAAUCAACUUGCUCUUAA